AUGACAUCCUCAUCCCUACCGCCCAAGAUCCUUUUGACCGGGGCAACCGGCUACGUCGGCGGUUCCGUCCUCCAUCACCUCCUCAACUGCGCCUCCCUGUCGUCCACCUUCUCUUCCUCUCCCACAACCGUCCCCAUUCGCGGCGGCCCGGACCGCGCCGCGAGGCUUACCGAGGCAUACGGCUCCCGCGUGAGGCUCGUCACCAUCGUCUCGUUCGACGACGUGGUGACGCUCACAGCUCCCGCGUCCCAGCAUGAUAUCGUCGUCAACGCCGGCUCCGGGUUCCACCCGCCGUCGGCGGAGGCGCUCGUCCGCGGUCUCGCCCGGCGCAAGGCGCUCACGGGGGGGCGGCCGGUGUGGAUGAUUCACACGUCGGGAUGCUCGAACCUCGCCGACAAGCCCUUGACCGGCGUCAGCCGACCCGACAAGGAAUGGGAAGACGCCCGUGCCGAGGAGGCCUUUGAGUUCGAGGAGGCCGAGGAUGCCCGGGACCCGUACCCCCAACGCACGGCGGAGCUGGCGGUGCUCCGGACCGGCGAGGAGCUGGGCGUGAAGGCCGUCAGCAUCCAGUCGCCGUGCAUCUUCGGCACCGGGUCCGGCUUCUUCAACAGGGCGGGCCUGAUGAUCCCCAUCAUGAUGGGCUACGUGCUGCGUAACGGAUACGGCCUGACGGUGGGCGACGGGACGGGGUGCAUCGACUACGUCCACGUGGCGGACCUCGCCGACCUCUACGUGCUGUGCGUGCUGGACGUGCUCGAGCGCGGCGGCGCCAACCUCCCCACGGGCAGGGGGGGCAUCCUCUUCCCGACGGUGGGGAGGACGCUGACGAUCGAGAUCCCGCGCAAGUGUCUCGACAUCGCGUUCGCGACGGGGAACCUGCCCAAGGAGGGCGGGCCGCGGCAGAAGGAGGUGCGGAAAGUGAGCCUCGAGGAGGCGGCCGAGACGUGCGCGGGGAACCUGGACGUCACGGAGACGGGGUACGCCGGGCAUCGGAAGACGAGGGGGACUGUUGCGAGGGAGAGGCUGGGGUGGUCGCCGGUCCGGCUGGAGGAGGCCUGGAACGGCGACUUUGAGACGGAGUUGAAGGCCGCGCUGAGUGGGCAGAGGGGGUUAACGAUGGCUACUUGUAUCGCUGGUACGAAGUGA